CUUCACCUCCCUCACCUUGCUGCCCCCCCCCACGCUCAAACAGUAGUGUCACCCGCCCCCUUUUUUGCAGAGGUAGAUGUGUGCCAUCCCAACCCCUGUGCCAAUGGAGCCACCUGUGUGGAGAGCGCAGACUCUUACAAAUGCUUAUGCCUGCCCAGCUACGGAGGGGAACGCUGUGAGAUCGAUGAGCAGCAGUGUGAAGACGGUUGGACUAAGUUUCAGGGGAACUGCUACCUGCACUUCUCUGACAGAGAGAUGUGGCUGGACGCCGAGCAGCGCUGCAGAGACCUGAACGCCCACCUGGUCAGCAUCAUCACCCCCGAGGAGCAGGACUUCGUCAACUCUAACGCUCAGGACUACCAGUGGAUCGGGCUCAACGACAAGACGGUAGAGAAUGACUUCCGCUGGACAGACGGCACGCCAUUGCAAUUCGUGAACUGGAGGCCGAACCAGCCGGAUAAUUACUUCAACUCGGGUGAAGACUGUGUGGUGAUGAUUUGGCACGAGAACGGCCAGUGGAACGACGUGCCCUGCAACUACCACCUGCCGUUCACCUGCAAGAAAGGCCCAGUGUCCUGUGGCGCCCCGCCGGAGGUGGACAAUGCCUUCAUUUUUGGAAACAAGAGGGACGAAUAUCCCGUCAACGCCAUCAUCCGGUACCAGUGCGGCCCGGGCUUCACACAGCGCCACCUGCCCGUGGUUCGCUGUAAAGCAGACGGACAGUGGGAGAAACCUCAGGUGGAGUGCACUGACG